AUGAACAGUCGCCUCCCUCAUGGACAGGCGCGGUCUGCAGCGGCCACCGCCCACGACGCAGGAACAGAGAUCGCCCCGGAGGACGGCAGCCCAACGCGAGAGGGCGCCGACUCCAGGCGGUCUGGGCGCGGCUCUAGCUCAACGGCCUGCCCCUCGACGCGUGGGGCGCCGCAGGACGUUGUGUUUGUGCUGGCAAACCCUGCUAGCGUGCCGACCAGCUCGAGCCCCACCUGCACGGACAUCAGCAGGCCGAGCUCGCCCAACUCGAGAUCUCAAACCCCGCAGGGCGUUCAGGAGCUGCAUCACCGACUCUGGAGCACCAGCAGCUCCGGCGCCGAGGACUCGGCGUCGACGGCAAGUGCUACCAGGGACCUGCGGCCCCAGCCAGAGCCAGAUGACGACCAGCAGCCUGGGCCCCGCGUUGUCGUUAACAGCAAGACGGUGCGGCGGCGGGAGCUGCGGGUGGCCGCGCGGCGCCGCCGCGCCGUGCAGCGGCAGGCACAGGCCCAGGACAGCGAGGCGGCCGCGCCGCUGGACGGCCCCGACGGCGCCCUCGGUGGCGCCGAAGACUCUGCGGGCGACGGCCUUGCGGCGGCCGCCGCCGAUGCCGCGUGCCCCGGGGAGGACAGUGUCCGCAGGGCGGCCGCCGACAGGGCCCCGUCGAGCGCUUGCACGGGGUCGGGGCAGGGUCCCGGCAAAGCACCCAGCCAGCAGUGCCGCUUCCAGUAG